AUGACCCAAUUAUUAAAAAAAGCUUAUGAACUUUAUUUCGAUUCAAAAGUUGAUGAUGCGGAAAAACAGUGGAAACCAAACAACAUUUGCUCCAUUUCUGCUAAUACUUUGGCAGGUUGGUUGCGAAAAUCACCAAAGCACAAGUCAAUGCCGUUUGGAGUUCCAGUCAUAUGGCGCGAACUCACAAAUCAUGCCACAGAUUGUUACUUUUGCAUGACAGUUAUAAAAGGAUUUUCAUUUAAAACUCGUAAGUCUAUUUCUUAUCCCGACAUUGAAUCAGUAUCCAAGCCGAUUCCUCACAACCCUGUCAACUGUCCAGUUCCAAUUUCUCCUGAUUCGUACUCCUUUCAUUCAGAUGAUUUUUCAGAGAGUGACAAGCAAGCAAAUCCAGAAAGUACCAAUGAUUCUGAUGAUAACUACAUUCCAGAAAGUGAUGAAAUUCAUUUAGUUAAUAAUGCAAAUCUUUCUGAUCUUAUACGUGAUCUUGCUUUGACGGAAGGACAGGCGGAGCUUCUUGGUUCACGAUUGAAACAGUGGAAUUUAUUAGCUCCUUAUGCAAAAAUAUGCAACUUUCGCUUCAGACACAAGGAGCUUAUGCUGUACUUUACAUCAGAUGACAGUAUGUGCUACUGUAAUGAUGUUAAAAAUCAUAUGGCACAUCUUGGUCAUGAACAUGAAGUGAAGAACUGGCGGCUCUUUAUUGAUGCAUCAAAAACGAGCCUAAAAUUUGUGCUGCUGCAUAAUGGAAAUUUAUUGCCAUCAAUUCCAAUUGCUUACUCCACUCAGUUAAAAGAGACUUAUGGCAAUAUCGGUAAUGUUUUAAUAAAAAUAAAAUAUAAUGAUUACAAAUGGAGAGUGUGUGGAGACUUGAAAGUCAUUGCAAUCCUCAUGGGUCUACAACUUGGUUACACCAAAUUCUGCUGUUUCCUCUGCGAAUGGAAUAAUCGGGAUAAAGUUGCACACUAUACAAAAAAGAUUUGGCCUAUUAGGGAUCGCAUGGAGCCUGGUCAUAAGAAUGUUUUGCAUGAGCCACUGGUUCUCAAAAAAGAUAUCAUUUUACCACCGUUACAUAUCAAGUUAGGUCUGAUAAAGAAUUUUGUGAAAGCGUUGGAUAAGACAAGUGAUGCUUUUACAUAUCUUCGUUCCAUGUUUCCACGAAUCAGUGAUGCUAAAAUAAAAGGAAUUUUUGUGGGCCCUCAGAUUCGAAAAGUAAUAGGUGAUAAACAUUUUCAAGAUAUGCUAAAUGGAAAAGAUCUCGAGGCAUGGGUAGCAUUCAAAUCACUUGUUUUCAAUUUCUUGGGAAAUAAUAAGUCAAAUAGUUACAAAGAAAUCGUUGAACAAUGCAUCAAUGCCUUCCAGAAGAUGGGAUGUAACAUGUCCCUUAAAAUACAUCUUCUUGAUUCGCAUAUUGACUUUUUCCCUGAAUGUCUUGGUGAAGUCAGUGACGAACACGGAGAGCAUUUCCACCAAGAAAUCGCUGUAAUGGAAUCACGCUAUCAAGGACGAUGGAGUAGUGCUAUGCUCGCAGAUUACUGCUGGUUUCUGCAACGUGAUGCCCCAGAAGCUAAGCACCGUCGAAAGUCUACAUGCAAGAAAUUUAAGCCUCUUUCUUAA